AUGCAACAAUCUUCUCAGCCCAUUUCUGUUCCCGCUAACAUUCGCAUUAACCGUCCCACGGAUGGCCCUAUCUUCUCUCCCAUGACUUAUUGCAAUUCUUACAUGCCUCCUGUACCUACAAGCAUUCCUAUGGGAAUUAUGCAAUCGCAUAUGAAACCAAUGAAUGUAAGUUUUGCACAAAUGCCUUAUCCCAUACCUUUUAAUGUGCUCUGCCAAAACGGUUCUUGUGAACAAGCUAGUACUCUAGCCAACUUUCGCAUGGAUAUCACUCAACGACCUCCUCAUCCUCAACCCGCUACUGAAAAUGAUCGAAAUAAUGGAAAUGACUUUACCAACUUUCAAGUUCUUCCUUAUGGUUACUGGGAUUAUCGUGCUGUCCUUAUUCACAAUAUGCCAUCUCUCUACAAUGUUUCCGAAUUUCUACAUCUUGCACGCUUUGGAACCCUAGAACGUGUUGUCCCCAUUCAUGAAAGAAAUCAACUCUUCCUAGCUUUUCUUUCCGCUGCUGAUGCUCUUGACUUCUAUAACACUGUCCGUUACACCGAUUUUACUUUUAAGAAACAGCGACUCAUUGUCUCAACCAUCGAUCCUAUGCCUUUGGAACCAUCCAUUAUUGAAGCCUGUCAUCGAGGAUUUGUUAGUAGAAAUGUUCAAAUUUCCGGGUCUCCUUUUGAUUUUGACGAAGCAGCUUUGAUUCAACUUUUAUGUUCUCUCGGUAAAGCCGAGCUUAUUUCAGUUUGCACGAAAACCGGCUCUAUUUACAUCCACUACUUAAGUAUUGCAGAUGCUCUUUAUUGUAUCGAUUUUCUUGCUUCCCACCCUUAUUAUAAAAAUUUGAAUUGCUGUUGUUUUUAUGAAAGAUGUGAUCGCUACUACGCCACUGAUUUCCAAGUCGAGAAAACUGUUGCUGGUUCUAAUUUCACGAAACCUAAAGUUGAAUCCAUUAUUCAUAACUCAAAUGACUCUUCUACUGAAACGCAUGCAAAUACUUUCCCUAAAAAGUCCCCAGUCAAGAAGUCUAUUACCAAACUUGAGCAAAAGGAAAUUCCAGCUAACCCUCCUUGUUUGUCUGAAAACGGUGUCCUAGACAAAGUACCUGCUAACGAAAUAAUUUAUAAGGGAAAAAACAGGAAGUUUGUCGAUACUACGAAAGAAAAGUCUGUUCGUAUAUCUGAGCCUGAAGUAAUUCCCUUAGAGGACCAUACCAGUCCAAAUAAAAAGAGCGAACAAUCUUCUCUUAUUUCUAUAAAUUCUUUCCAAAAGAACCCUAAUACUUCCUGUACAAAAACAAAUGUAUCCAAUUCCGUUCUUGAAUGUCAUUCCAAUAUUCCUGCCUUACAAAACGUCACCAAUACCUCCUCCUCUGCUUGUCAUCCCCCCAAACCAAGACUGACUGAAUCUUCUAAUGAAUGCGCUAGUCCGACGAUUUCUCCUAAUUCUGAUGUAGAUGCAUCUUCUUCCCUUCGCCUACCUUCAGGAAGUGAAUAUCCGGAGGACGAUACAGCCAUCAUUUAUCCUAGCUCAAAUGAUUUGAAUGUUAUAAAUUCUACUAUUCAUGAUCAAGCAUAUGACAGCUUAUCCCCGAAUUCAAAAUUAGAUGCCGUUAUUGACCAUGAGGCUAAAGACAAAGCUAUAAGCGAUAAAGACAAAGAUCUACCGCAAGGAUCUAAUGUAACAUCAAAUUACUUCUCUUCUUCUAAAGAAACCUUUUUUAAUGCGAAUGACUAUUCUGAUAAUGAUUCUACCCCAGUUACAAAGAAAGCUUUACCCUCUGUUUCUUCUACCUCAAUUGACACAGAUACACAAACGAAGACAUGUCCGAAAACGGAAGUUACCGAAAAAACCCCUAGUACAUGUGAAUCCUUCUCCAAUACCAGUUCCAUUGGUUCUCUCCCCCCACAGCAUACCGAUGAAAAUCCUAUAAACGAUUUCAUGAAUCUCCCAAAGUUAACAACCGAGCUGUCUUCUUCGAGAAGCUCCUCCGCGCUCACUUCUCCUACGCUUGUUGGCUCGCCUCUAGAAAUUUCAGCAAAAGCUUUUACUGACCUCUCUGAACUUAUUGAGAUGGAUAUUAUUUCCAAACCUUCUAAUGAUAUUUGUCUUGUCUCUGAUCUUGACCCUUGCUCCAAAAAUCGAACUCUUUUCUUGAGCAACAUUCAUAAGGCAACAAAGCAAUUUGAAAUCAGCAAGUUGUUUAAAGGAUUUCCUUUAGAAGAAAUUCACUAUAUUUCAAAGAAAAAAAUUUGCUUUGUCACUUUUCUUGAGUCUUAUGAUGCAAAGAUUUUCUUGCAAGCUCGUCAAAAACAACCGCCUUACUUACAUGGUCGCCCAGUAAAACUAGAAUGGGCUAAAUCUAACAAUCCUUAUACUGACCAACUAUUAUAUGCAAUUGCUAAUGGAGUAUCUCGAAGCAUUUCCUUCGAAAUGAUCCACCCCUCUAUCACUCGAAGUGAGCUUGCCUCUGUAUUUAAAAUAUUCGGUGCUGUAGAAAGCUUCCAUUUCUCAAAACCAAAAAGUGCUGGAUCUAUUAUCUAUAACAGCAUUUACGCUGCAAUGAAGGCAAUGGAAUACUUUCAAUCUCAUCCAACCUUUAAAAAAGCUAUCUUUAAUUAUUCUUAUGAUGAUCGUUACGAUCUGCAAAACGUUGCUGAUGAAAACCAAUUUUGCCUUAAAGGGAACAAAAGUAUUUGUUUAUUUAAAGAGGCUUCCUUUCAAGAGUCUCCGAAACUUCCGUCACGCUUUCACAACCAUGAUUCUUAUUCUCCUUUUCGAUCAAAAAGUACCAAUCUUCGUCCACCAGAGUGUGCCAUUAUUUCUGCCAACGCAUAAUUUUCAUAUACUAUUUUUGAAGUUCACUUUCGUUUUUGUUUAUCCUUUUUUUAUGUUAAUAAGGUUAAUGUUUGUUGUUUCUGUUUGUUUAUGCUUCCAAAUAAAUCUUCUAAAAAAAAGUC